GAACAAACCUACAGCGACUGGCUGGAUUCAGAGCCUGUCCUUGUCUGGAUAACUACUUCCGUCUGGAUCGUUUUGGCAAAUGCGCAGCAUGUCCAAUUGGAUAUCAAUGCAAAAACGAAACUAUCAACUUACUUCCUGGAUUCUACUGGAUUUGGAAGAGUAAAGAAAACAAACAGAACUACAUCAUGUUUUCCACCAAGCUACAGGAAGAACACAAAGACCUUAACAAUAGCUGGCAUACAUUUAAUGGAUCAAUACCGAAGGCCUAUCCUUGUCCAUUUAUUGGAUCGUGCAAGGGAGGAAUAGAUAGCAAAUGUUUCAAUGGAUACGAAGGUCCUUUGUGUGCUAUAUGCUCUAAAGGCUAUUACAGGAUGUUCUCUGGAUGCAACAAAUGCCCAACUUUAUAUCUUUUUGUUGGCCAGUGCUGUGCUGUAGCAAUUGUGGCUGGUAUACUUGUGUUUGCUAUAAUCAAAGACAARAAGUCUAAUCGUGCUAAUAGACGUUCAGUAAGUGACACUGUCUUCAGUAGUUUCAAGAUUGUGAUUGGAUUCUACCAAGUGACAAGUG